UAACUGUAUAAGACGAAAACAAAAACUAUUUUUUUUUUAUAGAGAAUUAGUUGGUAUACUCUAAAUCGAAGGUAUUUUUUCUCUCAUCAUCUUCGUCACAUCGUCAUCAUUAUAAUAUCAUCAUCACCGUUAUCAUUAUUUCGUCGCGUUUAAAUAUUGUUGAGGAAUCUAGGAUCUGUAUUUCGAAAUGUUUCCAUAAACAUUUCCCCUUCUUUGUAGAACAUUCAAGAAUUUGGUUAUGUCGUAAUGCUACAGAAUAGAUUUACAUUACACUAUCGAAUUUCUCUAAGAUAGAACGUAUUUUUUAGUAUUUUACACACAUCUAAAUGUUUAGAAUGAAACUUUAGUUUUUUUUUUUUAAGCACCUAAUUGAAAUUUAUAAAAUUUUAAGCCGUACAGCGUAUACUGUGACAUUGGCUGUUUAAAAUAGUAAUAAUAAUACCAUUUAUUUUUAUUCUCAACAAUCACAGAUUUUAAAUUAAAAUGAAACUUAAAGUCAAUGAGGAUCUACGGAAAGAACGCGAAAAGUGUACAUUUAAUAUUGAGGAACUUACAAAUUUUUUGGACGGAGGUGCUGAUAAAACAUUAAGUAGAAGAAAACUCGAAUCCUAUUUUCUAUCUGAUCUAAAUUUGAAAGAUGAAAUUCCUAUGGAAUAUCUAAGUCACAAAGAACGUUAUGAAGCGGCUGUGCGUAAAAGUUGUAUUUUAUUCAAAAAAGUCAAUGAGUGGCAACAAAAUGAUGAUAGCGGUAGCAAUUCAAUGGAUGUUUAUAAGUCACUUCUUGGUGGAUCAGUUGGUAGUGCAAUAAUAAAGGAUGGUUCACCUUUUGCGGUACAUUAUGUCAUGUUUAUACCAACAAUUAUGGGUCAGGGCACCUUGGAGCAACAAGGAGAAUGGGUUGGUCGAGCUUUUAGUAAUCAGAUUAUAGGCACUUAUGCUCAGACUGAAUUAGGUCAUGGAACAUUUAUUCGUGGCUUAGAAACAAUUUGUACUUACGAUCCAGCUACAGAAGAAUUUGUUUUGAAUAGUCCUACAUUAACGUCCUAUAAAUGGUGGCCUGGUGGACUUGGACAUACUUGUAACUAUGCAGUUGUGAUAGCUCAGCUUUACACCCAAGGAAAGUGUCAUGGUAUACACCCAUUUAUAGUUCAACUCAGAGAUGAGGAAACAUGGAAACCAAUGCCUGGCAUAAAAAUUGGUGAAAUUGGAAGCAAAUUAGGUAUGAACUCAACUAAUAAUGGAUAUUUAGCAUUUGAUAAUGUGAGAAUACCUAGAAUGAAUAUGUUGAUGAAAAAUGCCCAAGUUCUGAAGGAUGGUACAUAUAAAAAAUCAGUGAAUGAUAAACUUACUUACGGUACUAUGAUUUUUGUACGUGUAGUAAUUGUUAGAGAUUUAAUAUCAAGUUAUAUAUCAAAAGCUGCAAUAAUUGCAACUAGAUAUAGUUGUGUCAGAAGACAAUCAGAACUCAAACCUGGUGCUGGUGAACCUCAAAUUUUGGAUUACCAAACACAACAAUAUAAAAUUUUUCCAGCUAUUGCCAUUAGCUUAGCAUACAAAUUUUCUGCAUUGUGGCUUUGGAAUGUUUAUAAUGAUGUUACUUCAAAAUUAGAAGAAGGAGAUUUAGAACGAUUACCUGAGUUGCAUGCAAUGGCUUGCUGUUUGAAAGCUGUUAGUACAGCUGAUGCUGCUGUUGCAGUGACAACAUGCCGUUUAGCGUGUGGAGGUCAUGGAUAUAUGAAUUGUAGUAAUUUCCCAAAUAUGUAUGCAAUGACUUCUGCUACUGAAACGUAUGAAGGAGAGAACACUGUGCUACUUUUGCAAACAGCUAGGUAUUUGAUGAAAGCAUGUCAAGAUGCAAAAUCUGGAUUAAAAUUAACUGAAACUGUAUUGUAUUUAAAUAAUUUCAAGAGCUUAAGACGUAACAACUGGAACACAAAUUUGGACUGUAUUGGCAAUGCAUUUUUACAAGUCGCUGGAGGAAAAAUUGAGAAUUGUUACUUUUCUAUUAAUCAACUAAUCAAUUCUGGAAUGUCUCAAGAAGAUGCUUGGAAUGAAACUUCUAUUAAAUUAGCCAAAGCAACAGAAGCGCAUUGUAGAGCAUUUGUAAUACAAUGUUUUAUUACAACAAUUAAGACGUUAAAUUUGUCUACGGAAUUAAUGAAAAUAUUAACAGUUCUAUGUAAAUUAGUAUGCACUCACUGGAUGCUUAAUCAGAUGGGUGAUUUUCUUCAAUAUUCAAAUCUAAAACAAAGUGACAUUCCCUCCAUACAGUCUUUGUUAGAAGAAUGUUUAAAACAAAUUAGACCCAAUGCAGUUGGUUUGGUUGAUAGUUUUGAUGUUCGAGAUGAAAUACUGGGAUCUGCUUUAGGAGUUUAUGAUGGAAAUGUUUACGAGCGUUUAAUAGAAGAUGCAAAUAAAAGUCCAUUGAAUCAAGAACCUGUUAAUGAAUCUUUUCACAAAUACUUAAAACCUUAUUUAAAAUCAAAUUUAUAAGAAAAAAAAGUAAAAUUGAAUUGAUUAUUGUAGGUAUUUACUAAGAGAAUUCAAAUAUUUGUAUGCAACACUAAUAUAUUUUUCUUGAUUCCUUUAUUAUGAUUUAUAAUUUAUUAUUGUUUAGUAAAAGUAAAUAAUGUAAGUGGGCUGCAGAUCAUGUGGAUUAAUUAUUAAAGUGAUUAAAUAAAAUUUAUUUUAUUUUAUAAUAUUAUCAUUAUUAUUACGUUUAUUAUGACAUUAUAUAUAUAUUUAUAAAUUGUAAUUCUGUUAUGGUAAAUUGUUAACAAUUGAAUCGAAAUGUAAAUGCAUUUGCCAAUUUAUCCUUUAUUUUUCUUUAUUUAUUUUUGUACUUUAUAUAUUUUUUUGAAUAUUAAUAAAUUCUAUUGGUGUAUUUUAUAUAUUAAUGAGUUUAUGUCAUGUAUCUUCAAAAUAAAAAGCUUAUUUUAGAACAAAA